AUGAGUCUUAUAGUAAUAUUCGUGUGUCUAUCUCGAGUGGCAGCGGAACUGCAUUCACUACAGCAUCAUAUGUACGUGUCCAGGAAAUCAAGAUCCAACUCAUCACCCGUACAGUCCGGAUACAUGUACAGUCAAGUGGAUAAUUAUCCUGGAACUCUCUCCUCUUUUGGGAUUGGUUAUGGAGGUGCUACACAUAAUGAACCCGCUGUGAAUUAUCAUAAAACGGAUGAUAAAAUUUAUCCUCCCGAAUACAAUUACUAUGAUUCAAACGGUGAUGUGAAACCGGUGAUUGAAGUGACCGAACCGCCCGUUUCAAAAUACGCAGCUGAUUAUGAAAUUGCGAAAGCAGAAGCUAAAUACAAUAACAAGUUUUUACCAUCGAAAAUCGAAACUGAUGCCAUGUACGAAAGAUUAAAAUCGAUGAUGUAUUAUCACCCGCCUGAAGGCUAUAAAGAAAUGAACACAGGAUACUCAAGCGAUGACUAUAACUAUGACGAUGACGAUGUUAGAACGAGUUCCAGAAGCUCUUAUGACACUUGGCCAUAUUAUUACCACAGUCCAUAUGAGUAUGAACAUAUGAAAAUCGAAGCUGAAAUAGACAAGGCAAAGGAUAAGCGGUACGCUGUUGUGCCCAUAAUUCCUGUACAUGAAAACGUGGAUGAUGUGCCGCAAUCUUAUACUUCCAUAGCUACACCGAAUUAUUAUUCUGAAAUUACAACAGAAAACCCAAUGAGUGGUCACAAACCUUUCUUCUCCUUCGUUUUAAAUGACUAUUUUGAUAAAAGUAGUGCGGGUGAUGCUCUUGUCUUUAAAGGAGUAGAUUGGGGUACUGAAAUUGACCAUGAAUCACCUUACAACGACAAUUAUGCAUAUGCGAAAAGAAACAGAAGACUGGACGGUUCGACUAUCAAUGAUGGAACUCUGGAUUCUAUUUUGGGGAGGGAUAACGAGAAAACUGUUAAAUCUAAGAAUUCACACGGAGAAUCAGUGACAGAGAUUAGUCACGAGAAAAACAAUGAAUUCGAUAAAUAUGGAAAGGGUCAUCAUGAGAGGGAUGAUUUUAAAACUGGCUAUGAACACAGCGGCAAUGGUUACAGAGGUUUUAAAGAUUUCAUUGACUCGUUCUCGAAUAAAUUCGGCACUGAAGAUCACAAAAAAGACUCGAAAUAUAUUUUAGAGAGGAAUGAAGAUAAAGGUCAAAAGAAAAAAGGUUUCCGGACAGUUUAUCAUAAAGACGAAUAUCAAGAGGAAGAUGAAUUUUUUGAUAAUAGCAAUAACAGUGUGAAAUCGGAAGAAAAGGGUGCUUCUAAGGCACAUAUCGGAGGAUCGGAAGCAUUGUUGCGAUCCCAAGUCCUUGGGGCGGCCGGUAAUGAGGCCAACGCGUUUGCAAAAACAGGCAAUACCGAAAAGAAAGCCUAUGAAGAUAGCCAUCGCGGUCAUGACAAUAUUAAAAGCUUAGACAGCAAUUAUAAAAAAUACAAAGACUUAGUGAAAAGUACAGACAUCAGUAAAUUGUCAACGUAUCAUUAG